GCUGAAAUCCUAAUGAACCGACCCCACGCGAGAAAUUCAUUGGGAAAAGUAUUUGUAAAUGAACUGUUCAGCGCCCUGGAAAAACUCCGCUUUGAUGAGAAGGUUCGUGUGGUGGUGUUCAAAAGUGAGGUGAAGGGUGUAUUUUGUGCUGGUGCAGACUUAAAGGAACGUGCAAAGAUGGAUGAUGAAGAAGUUGGACACUUUGUUAAAAGGCUGAGAAAUCUCAUGGAUGAAAUAGCUGCCCUGCCUGCACCCACGAUUGCUGCAAUAGAUGGCUAUGCACUGGGUGGUGGACUAGAACUGGCGUUAGCCUGUGACCUUCGAGUAGCAGCUUCAUCAGCUAAAAUGGGCCUUAUUGAGACCACAAGAGGGCUGCUUCCUGGAGCAGGUGGAACCCAGCGCCUGCCCAGAUGCAUUGGAAUAGGUCUUGCAAAGGAACUCAUUUUCACCGGUAGACAGAUUGAUGGACAAGAAGCCUUGUCCAUAGGAUUAGUAAAUCACACUGUGCCACAAAACGACGAGGGAGAUGCAGCUUACCAGAAAGCACUAACUUUGGCUAAAGAAAUCCUUCCUCAGGCUCCGUUUGCUGUGAAAAUGGGAAAACUGGCAAUAAACAGAGGAAUGGAGGUUGACAUUGCGACAGGGAUGGCCAUUGAGGGGAUGUGUUAUGCCCAGAAUAUUCCCACAAGAGACCGUCAGGAAGGGAUGGCUGCCUUCAAGGAGAAACGACCACCUCAGUUUAUUGGCAAAUAA